GUUGUUGUGAGCGUAAGUGGUGCGGGAUUUUGUUUUGUUUUGGGGUUUUCUUUCUUUUUUUAGAUUUUAUUUGAAGGGGAGAAAAUAUUUUUUUAAAUCUCCAUUUUUAGUUCAAAUCACCUGGGGGGAGGGUUGGGGGGGUGGUGGUGGGAAGGAGAAAGGGAAAGCGGGAAAGAGAGAGUGUAGAGAGAGAGCCCGGAGGCAAAAGGAAGGGUGCAGGCACUGCCGCUGAGAGGAGAUCGAGAGACAGGGGGUGCACUUGACAACCAGCAUGCAGAGAUGUCAGAAGAGCAGAAGUGGAUGUGAGAGACAGACACACACAGAGACACAGAGAGCGAAAGAGGGCAAGAGACUUGACUUUAAGAGACUCCUGCACUGACAACUCCAUGCAGUUCGGAACAAGAACGGCAGCGACCGACUCUGGUUUCAUGGGGACAUGGCAGAACACUGACACUAACCUCUUAUUCAGAAUGUCCCAACAGGCCAUCCGCUGUACACUGGUAAAUUGCACAUGUGAAUGUUUUCAGCCAGGGAAGAUUAACCUGAGAACCUGUGAUCAGUGCAAACAUGGCUGGGUGGCACAUGCCUUGGACAAACUUAGUACUCAGCACCUCUACCACCCAACCCAAGUGGAGAUUGUGCAGUCCAAUGUUGUGUUUGACAUCAGCAGUCUGAUGCUCUACGGUACUCAGGCUGUGCCUGUGAGACUGAAGAUACUGCUUGACCGACUCUUCAGCGUACUGAAGCAAGAGGAGGUGUUGCAUAUUCUACAUGGCUUAGGCUGGACACUGCGAGACUACGUUCGAGGCUACAUUCUUCAGGAUGCUGCAGGCAAGGUGCUGGACCGCUGGGCCAUCAUGUCCAGGGAAGAAGAGAUCAUUACCCUUCAGCAGUUCCUGAGAUUUGGAGAAACAAAAUCUAUCGUGGAGCUGAUGGCAAUUCAAGAAAAAGAAGGGCAGGCUGUGGCUGUGCCAUCUUCAAAGACAGAUUCAGAUAUAAGGACUUUUAUUGAAAGCAAUAAUCGCACCAGGAGCCCAAGUCUCCUUGCUCACCUGGAGAAUAGCAACCCUUCCAGCAUUCAUCAUUUUGAAAACAUCCCAAAUAGCCUUGCAUUCCUGCUUCCAUUCCAGUAUAUAAAUCCAGUCUCAGCUCCAUUGCUUGGGCUGCCUCCAAAUGGUCUCCUGCUGGAACAGCCAGCAAUGAGGCUCCGUGAACCAAGCCUUACGACCCAAAACGAAUAUAAUGAGAGCAGUGAAUCUGAAGUUUCCCCUACACCUUUCAAGAAUGAGCAAGCAUCCAGCAGGAAUGCUUUGACCAGCAUCACAAAUGUGGAGCCCAAAACUGAGCCAGCCUGUGUCUCUCCUGUUCAAACACCUACGCCAGUCAAUGAUUUAUCUAAAACGGAACACACAAAAAGCUCAUUCCGAAUUCACAGAAUGAGGAGAAUGGGGUCAGCCUCCAGGAAAGGAAGAGUGUUUUGCAAUGCAUGUGGCAAAACUUUCUAUGACAAAGGUACUCUUAAAAUCCACUACAAUGCUGUGCACCUGAAAAUCAAGCAUCGAUGCACUAUUGAAGGCUGCAAUAUGGUAUUCAGCUCUCUCAGAAGCCGCAAUCGCCACAGUGCUAACCCAAAUCCUCGCCUCCACAUGCCUAUGCUAAGGAAUAACCGUGACAAAGAUCUAAUUCGUGCUACAUCAGGUGCUGCCACUCCUGUUAUAGCAAGUACAAAAUCCAGCCUAACUUUAACAAGCCCUGGGCGUCCACCAAUGGGGUUUACCACUCCCCCUCUAGACCCAGUACUACAGAACCCUCUUCCCAGUCAGCUGGUCUUCCCAGCUUUAAAGACUGUCCAACCUGUUCCUCCUUUUUACAGAAAUUUACUUACUCCUGGAGAGAUGGUGAGUCCUCCAACCUCACUCCCAACCAGUCCCAUAAUACCAGCUGUUAGUGGCAUGGAGCAGCAUCCCCCUCCUCCUUCAGAGUCAUCGGUACCUUCAGUGUUAAUGCCCACCCCAGAGCCCAAUGCAGACCUUGCCCCCAAGAAGAAGCCAAGGAAGUCAAGCAUGCCAGUUAAAAUUGAAAAGGAAGUUAUUGACACUGCUGAUGAGUUUGAUGAUGAAGACGAAGAGGUGAAUGACAGAAGCACGAUGGUGAAUGACAUUGGUCAUGACAAUCACUGCCAUUCUCAGGAGGAAAUGAGCCCUGGCCUGUCUGUUAAAGACUUUUCCAAAAGUGACAGAAGCAGAUGUAUGUCCAGACCAGACAUAAGAAGGGCAGACAGCAUGACAUCAGAAGACCAGGAGCAUGAGAGAGACUAUGAAAAUGAGUCAGAGUCAUCAGAGCCCAAAUUAUGUGAAGAAUCCUUGGAAGGUGAUGAUCGCCUUCAUGAACCUGGUGAAAAAUCUAUGAUGCACAGUGACCGACCAGAUGAAAACCACAAUGACUCUUCCAACCAGGAUGUCAUUAAGGUGAAGGAAGAGUAUACAGACCCCACAUAUGAUAUGUUCUAUAUGAGCCAAUAUGGACUGUACAAUGGAGGCAGUGCCAGUAUGGCUGCUCUUCAUGAAAGUUUUGCUUCUACAUUCAACUACAGCAGCCCUCAGAAGUUCUCCCCAGAAGGUGAAAUGUGCUCCAGCCCAGACCCCAAGAUCUGCUAUGUCUGCAAGAAAAGUUUCAAGAGUUCCUACAGUGUGAAGCUUCACUACCGAAAUGUUCAUUUAAAAGAGAUGCAUGUCUGCACAGUGGCUGGCUGUAAUGCUGCGUUCCCAUCACGGAGAAGCAGAGACAGACACAGUGCUAACAUAAACCUGCACCGUAAACUGUUGACCAAAGAACUGGAUGACAUGGGCUUGGACACUUCACAGCCUUCUCUUAGUAAGGACCUCCGCGAUGAAUUUUUGGUGAAGAUAUAUGGCGCUCAGCAUCAGAUGGGGCUUGACAUAAGGGAAGACACCUCCUCGCCAGCUGGCACUGAGGAUUCCCAUAUGAAUGGGUAUGGCAGGGGCAUGGCAGAAGACUAUAUGGUACUAGACCUGAGCACCACCUCCAGCAUCCAGUCCAGCAGCAGUAUCCAUUCCUCAAGAGAAUCUGAUGCAGGAAGCGAUGAGGGUAUUCUCCUGGACGACGUUGAUGGGGCAAGUGACAGCGGGGAAUCUGCCCACAAAGCAGAUGCCCCUGCCUUAGCCGUAGGUAUGGGCACCGAUGUCCCAGGAUCCCUCAUGUUCAACAGUGUUUCGGUGAGCAACGGUGGGAUAAUGUGUAACAUUUGCCACAAAAUGUACAGCAACAAGGGAACCCUCAGAGUGCACUACAAAACAGUGCACUUGCGAGAAAUGCACAAGUGCAAAGUCCCUGGGUGCAACAUGAUGUUCUCCUCUGUCCGUAGCCGAAACCGGCACAGCCAGAACCCCAAUCUGCAUAAAAACAUUCCUUUCACUUCAGUAGAUUAGGUCAAGGAUGGACACAGCAUAAUGCCAGCUCUCAGAGAGGGCCCACUACAUCUGAACUGCCAUAUACAGUCUCCCUCUAUAUAUAUAUAUAUAUAUAUAUAUAUAUAUAUAUAUAUAUAUAUAUAUGUAUAUGUAUAUAUAUACACAGACAUAAAUAUACAUAUAUAUAUAUAAUUUUUUUUUCUUUUUUAGCAAAAGAAAGAAACAAGAAACACCAGGUGCUUUUUCCCCUUUCUUGAUUGUUGGGUUUUUUGGGUUUUUUUUUUUUUUUAAUAGAAACAAAAGCGUAGGACCUUUAAUUUGAGGGAAGGGAUCCUUCAUUAAAAAAAAAAACAAACAAAAACAAACAAACAAAAAACAAACAGAAAAACUGCAGUUGUCCCUAGUUCUGUUAGAAUGUUCUUAAUCAUCUCCAAAGAGAUACUUUGUUCUUCCCAUAACUUUUGCCUGAAAAAAAAAAAGAACAAAAAAAAAACCAAACCCAAAACAAAAAAAAACAAAAAAGAAAAAAAAAAACACACAAAAAAUCCCCCCAAAAACACAAAAAAAUAGCAAACAAACAAAAAUAGAAAGAAAAAGCAAUCUACUUAGUUGUCUUUGUGUCUUCUGAGCAUUGGGGAUAACGUUCUACUAAGCAUGGCUGUUACACUUGUAUAUAUAUAUUGAGCCUUGACAGGCCUAUGAUGUAAAACAAUUGUAUUGAUGGUGGUUUAACUCUAAUUUUUUUGCUUAAUUUUUACAGUUACAUUCAGCUGUUAGAUAAGCAGGAAAAAUAGUUUGCUGCCUAGUUUUACUCAUUUAUGUUAGCUUUAAUGCACAUUUUUUAAAGAACCACGGUCUUGUUUUAACUACCUGCUAGAUAUAGGUAAUACAGAGGUGCUGGCAUGCUUUACAGUACCUGAUUUGAUACAGUUUUUUUGUCUUGUAAUAUUACAUAAAUCCAGUCAUGCACUUUUUCGUACACUACAAGGGGAUGUGUAAUAAUAUCCAUGCUUUUUUUUUCUUAAACUAUUGCCAUAUUUUCAGUAAGUGUCUUUAAAAAAAAUACACUUAGAUAAAAGUGAUCUGGUCAGUAUGAGGGCAUGAAUGCCAAACAAAGAGUAUUAGUGUUUAGUGUUAAUACAAAAGUGCCAACUUUGCACACAUUUUGAAAAAAGAAAAUGUAGUUAUUCACCAUAACCACAGUUGUAGUUUUUGGACUACACACAGAAAAAUACUGGGCAGGGAACAGGGAUAAAGUGAAAUACAGAAUUCUUGGUGCUUUUUUCAAGUGCCAAUUAUUACUAGAAACAAUAGUGCAUCCUUAUUCCUUAUAUACUACAUUGUAUAAAAGUGAAAAAAAAAGACCCAGAAUUUUGUCAUGUGAACCAGUAGAAAUUUUUUUUUGUCAAACAUACAUAAUAUUUGGGGAUACAAAUGCUGAUACUACUUGUCACAGAACAAAGAUGAAUAUAAUUUUGUGUGCUUCUUAUUAUAGCCUGGAUUUUUGUGGUGUUUUAAAAAAAUCAAAAUGAACAGGGAAAUAAUGUUAACUAUGUUGUUCUGUAAAGUUGUCUUUUUUGCAAUGGAAAGUGCUGUAGUAUGAUUAAGGCAUGUUUUAUAGAAACAAUCAAAAAAAAAAUUAAUGGCAGAAGCACUUAGUAGCUCUGAAAAUAUAUGCUGGACUUUUUAUUGGGUAACUUUCCCUUUGGAUAAAAUUAGAAGACAGAGAAAAAGGAUGUCUAGUUGUGUUAAUGUUUUGUGUUUCACUCGCAUGAUUUGUCAGAAAAUAACAAAAUUCCAAGAAAUAUAGUGAGCAAGAGAGUGAGCCCAACCAGGAGACACAGAAGGAGUAAGCAGUUGAGAAAGGCAGAGAGAAAGGAGGCUGCCCUCUGCAUUUUUUUGUUUCCAGUGUUUACACAUGUUGCUUGAGCUGGUAAACCACACUGGCAGCCUUAGUUACCACAACAUACUGACAGAGGGAUGGUAUUUACUUAAGCUCAAGCUACAGCCAAAGCCAUUAGGAUGUGUGUUGUCGACUCUUUUCUUUACAAAACAAAUAACAAUAACACAAUCAAAAACAAACAACAAAAAAAAAAGAAACCCCUAAGGGAUAUUUCAGCAUACAAUAAAAUAUUCCUUCAGUGAGAAUGUGUUCCUUUUCUGUAUUUACUGACCCAGAACAUUAUUCUUAGCAAAGAGUCAGAAAUGCUCCAUUGUUUCAGCUUGUCGCUGUAUUGUUUUGCUGUGCAUUUUGAUUAUUUUUACUUUUUAUGUCCACUUGAGUACUUAACUCCUAUUACAUUUUCUAGAGGAAACUCCUAAUAUAGAUUUCCUAUUUUUUAGUACUUUUUAUGCAUUUCAGUAUUUUUAUUUCCAAAAGUAGGAAUCAAUAUCUAAUAAAUCAGUAUUUCCAGUUGUAGAAAAUAAAAGAAAAAUAUUUCUAAAUUUAUUCUCACUAUGUUCCUAUGAGUUACAAGCUUUUGGUCAUUUUUUUAUUCUGUGAACUCAUGAAGCCCUGAAAACAUUUGUGAAUUCCACAGAAACUAUAAGAAAAAUUUACCUUCUGGUUUAUCAAAAAGAAAUUUUAUAGCAAAAAAGUAAGCUAUUUCACUGACAUUUUUCUUUCAUCUUUUUUAUUUUCUUCAAAAUCUCAACUACUUUGCCUUGUUAAAUUGAAUGAUUUGCUUUGGUUUUUUUUAUGUUGUGCAAGCUCAGUAUGUUUGUGAGAAAGGGAAAUUAGAACAGUAAGGGUGCAUUUUUCCAAGACACAUGAACCUUUGUAGUGUUACCUGUACUGCACUCUCAUCUCUCCUCCCAGGCUAAUAGGAGCAAGUAAUACAGAAAGUCUAAAAAAAAAGAAAUGGCAUUAUAUAUACAGGAAAAAAACCCCGACUCUUUUGUAGUAUGCACGGUAUAAAUAAAUAUAAUUUUUUUAAUGAAAAACUCAUUUGAGGUAUAUAAAGAAUUCCUCACUGAAUGAAUCACUGUUCAGUAUUCUUAUUUCACUGUGGUUCUUUUAGAGGUCAAAUGUUUGGUAAGCUUGUUUGGAAACUUACACAUCACCUGUAGAUAAACUCAGCAGAUUAUUGACGUAGAAGGAAAAAAAUCUGUUUAUUACACAAAAUUGAAUAACACAUUCUAAAAAGUAAGGAAAAAGGGACAAACCUCCAGAAACUGUUAGAAGCUCACAAGUCCUACUUAAGCUAUGUAGAAGCUAUCAUCUCUGUCUUGUGGACAGAACACUGCUUAACUGUUAUUUUUAGGCAAAUCUAGGCAAAAGUAGUUUCUUCGGUGUUAGUGAUACGAAUGUCAGAACCGUCUUUUUUUUAAAAGGACACUUACACUUACUUUGAAUUGAAUGGCAUUUCCCUCUUUUCAACUUAGCAUGCAUCUUUAUGAAAAUCUAUAUUUAUCAGAAUUGUUCUUGUGGUGGAAUUUAUAUCACCUGACAUUAUCUGAAAAAUUCAUAAAGGGGCUCUGGCAUAGCAGCUUGGUUUUACUGAAAGUAGCAUUUCUGGGUGAUCUCAGCAGAGACCCAGAGUGCAGUAAUAAUGACCAAACAUCUCAUCUCUUCAGCACAGAACAUGGCCUGUAAUGGUGUGAUGACAUGAUAAGUAUUGUGCUGUUGCAUAUGUUAUCACAAAUCUGUGGCUAUCCCUUCGGUUUCCAAACCUGUCAGUCUAACCAUUUUGCAAGAAAUAGACCAGCUCUGAGGAAGAUCCUCUUCCCUUUACAUGGAGUUUGCUCCUUCUUUUUUGGUUCCUGUAGUUAUUGUGGUCAUUCUUUCCAUAUUGUUUCACUGUUUUAUUCAAGGUAGUUGUAUUUUUCUGUAAAUAUCAAAAAAACUUUGUCUGCAAUUAGAAAAUAACUGUAAUGAACCUCCUUUAGAAACAGAACUUUA